AUGAUGGCGGUCGCACUCCCAACAGUAACCAACGAGGUGCUUAAAAUAACAUCCCAAGCAAUGGUCGAUGUUAUUUACGAUACGUUGGCGACUAUGCAUGAUUUAUUGACUGGCGCUAAUAUAAACUACACAAUCUUCGGUGGAACGAUGCUCGGCUCGAAACGCCACGGCGGUCUUAUCCCAUGGGAUGAUGAUGCCGACAUAGCCAUUGAGGUAAAAGACGAACAGAAGCUCCUAGCAUUAACGGAAGCAUUUGCAAAUUGA